CAAAAGGAUUCAAAUUUUUUUUUUAUAUAUAAAUGCAUAUGUGCGUGCGCUUAAGCAAAUUAUGCAUCGGCUUGUUUCAGUUAAAAUAACAAAUAAAGUUUAACUCGAAAGCAAGUUGCAACACAUGAAGCUAAAACAACUAAAAAAGUGAAUAAUCCAAAUCAAUUACUAAAACGAAGCCAAAUUCUGCCAAUGGAAAUUUGUAAACGUCAAUUAACAAAAAGCGAUUUAAAUGAAAUUAUGCGAAAAAUGCAAACAUCAAGAAAGUGCUUUAAUGGUGCACAGCGAUAGCAGAAAAUUAAAUAGAAAUUUAAUGAAAGUGAAAAUAUGUGAUCAGUUAAGUAAAAUAAAAAUAAAAUGACAGCUCGACAUUUAGUAUUUAAAGUAACAAAAAAUUAAAAAAAAACACACACACACACACAUUCGUGUGCUCUUAUGGUGCGUAGUAGGAAACAACGGUAACUCGUAAAGAAAUCCAAACAACGAAUUUAUAUAUUUAUUGAUUAGUGAUAAAUUGGAAUGUGAUAACCCACCCACCACAUUCUACCGUGGAUGAGCAACCAUUUCACAAGUGCACACUAAGAAAUUAAAUUAACAAAACCAAAAACCAAAAAAAAAAACAAAAGGCAGAAAACGAGCGCUUUGCUUUCGUUCGUAAGUGAUCGAUUCGCUACUUUCAAUCGUGCGAAACUCUGAUAUCGGUGGUGAAGCAAUUGCGCUCACCACACCAAAUAAGCGGAGAGAGAAAUUAGGUAAAAUGCCGGUGGGUCAUCAAUUAGCGUCCAGGCCGUAUAGCUCGUUUCGAGCGACACGCGGCAGUUGCAAUACGCAUUGUUGUCAAAGCAACAACAACAACACUAACAACAUAAACAGCAGCGGCAGCAAUCAUAAUAAUAAUAGUAAUACUAACAAGAAUGGUGCGCCGCUCAAUGGCCACAAUAGUUCUACGUCAUCAGCGUACUCAAGUCAAGCCAAUAAUUUUAGUAAUAACUACAAUAACAAUAACAACAACAACAAUGGUCAGGGCAAUAAUUUUGGGCGUCAACAAGCCUAUCGCAGCAGUUUCUAUGGCACGCGCUACCAAAGCAACAUCAACAGCAGCAGCAACAACACCAACAACAACAACUAUAAUAAUACUCAACAAGUGAAUGGUGAUGCCAAUGGCAACAGCCACAGCAACAGCAACGGCUCGGACAAACGUUUCACCAGCAUUGUCACUAGAAGCACCAUUAAGCCGCUUACGCCCAAACUGGUGCGGCGCAUUGAAACCACCUGCUCGAAUGGCGGCAACUGCGGCGGCGGUGGCGGCAGCAAUGGUGUCACUCACAAUAAGCCACGCGCGCCACUUCCGCCCGCCACUAACACCAGCACCAGCACCAGCGCGCUCCCCAGUGGCAAUAAACAGUACUUGCGCACGCGCAAUCAGCUCGCGCCCCCUCCUCCCGCACGUAAUCCCUCCAACUUUGAGAGAUUCCACAACAGCAACCUGAGUUUUCGACAGAAAAACUCUGGCACUUGCUCUGGUGCAAGCGCAGGCACAGGCACAGGGACAACCGCUGCCAAGUCGACGCCUGCCGCAACGAAUUGCAACGGUGGUGGCUCGCACGCGCCCGCACCCGCGCCCUCGCAUUCCAAGUAUUCGGGCGCCACAUUUUACAACAGCAGCAGCACCCGCUCGUCAGGUGGUGCCGGAUCUCAGAAGCGCGCCUAUUGUACGGCGCAAAAUGUACACAAGGAAAAUGUGCCCGUUCGCUCGGUGAAGAAUUACCCAGCGCCAUUGCCGCCGAGCACACCGAAGGCUGUGACAAAGAAAAAGUAUAGAGAGGACUUGAAGCUCGCGACUGUAUCGGCCUCGCCCAAUAUCAAUAAUCGCCGUUUGGGCGGUGUUGCGCAUGGCGAGCAAAAUAAAGCGUUGUUGUCUGCCAGCCAGCGUCGCAAGAAUUACGUGCCAUUCAACAACGGUCAGUCAAAUUGUGCGACUGCUGCCUCGAAGAACGGCAGCACCGGCAGCAAUGAGUCGACGGGUUCGGGUUCAGGUUCCAGCGGGUCGCACGGCUCGCCCAAAACGAAGAAGAUCUUCUCCACCAAAUUUCCGCAAGGUCUGCCCUUCGAGGAUGAGUUCUACCGCCAGCGCUUUUGUCGUUCCUACUCGCAAUCCUCGUCGAGCAAUUAUAGUUUCUACAGUUCGGUUGGUGCGCCAGCCACGCCGCACAGUCGCGAUUUCGAUGAUCUGGAACGAGGCCACGAACCACACGAACGCCGCAGUGCCAUCGAUGAGGAUGACGAAUUCCAGCGCAAGCCAGCUAGUGACGAACCACUCUAUGUGGAUUUCUCGAAAGUCAUGCUGCGUCAAAGUGACUGCCACACAGACUACUCAAAUCGCAAUGGCUACUGUAAUUCCUCCUCUUCCUCGUCGGGUGCGACGACAACAACGAUCGUGCCAACAACAACGUGGAUUGGCACAACAAGGACCACCAAUUCACCGCUGCCGCCAAUGUUGGCAGCUAAACUCGCCAGUGAAAAUGGGCGGUUGGAUGCCUAUGCCGCAGCUGCUGCGUCGGCAGCGUCUGCUGCAUCACCAGGCACCGUCGCCCCCGCUAAUGGUUCACCUCAUUUACGACGUACAACGAAAUCGAAAAUUUCCCAUUCAAUCAACGAUUAUCUCUACACCAGUUGUGGUGCUGCAACAACAACGACAACGACAUUAACAACUUCAACAACAAAGAAGGUGAAUGGCACGAUUGCUUUUCUUCCAGACGAUCCCGAAGACGGUUACUACACACACACCACAUCACCUGAGCCUCCUGCGCAAACGGAUAUCUACCUGGCUGUGGCGUCGUGGGCUCCAAAAUGUUUACAUCCCACCAAGGUGCACAUACCCGCUAGCUCCAGCGUGGCAGAUAGGAAUAAUAAUCCGACGGCGGCGUAUGCGAUGAUAAACGGAUACGAUCAUCGGCUGUACUAUGGUAAGACGACGCCGGCGACCAGAGACAUUUUGGAGCCCACGAUCAACGAAUUGCA